AUGCUUGAUUCGCCCUCUGCCAAAGUUGUUGCUGGUAGCAUUGCUUCCUUUACCUCUAAGCUGAGUGGUCAACAGUUGGAGGACGUCCAAAACUCCACUCUGUUGGCUCAGCUGGCGGCAAACAAGAAGUUCCCUGACGAGGGGGAUUUCGUAGACUGGUACAAGUUUUACCGCCAAGUACUGAGUCAGCUGGGCUGGAUUAUGCAAGACUUGGGCUUCGACAAAUACAAGUCUCAACAGGCUUCUUUCAAGUUAUCCCAGGUAACUUUGGAGCUUUUAAGCGCACUGGUUGGUGAAGAAGAGCAACUGUUUACAGUCGUUAAGUACACCUUGGAGAGCUUAGCUGAGUCGCCACACGGCCAAGCUUUGUUCAAAACGAACAGUGCAUCAGGGCAAAAUGGUCGUUUCCAGAUCCUUCCAUGCACAGUUACGAAUGGUCAAGUGAGCAUUGCUUUUAUUGGUGCCUAUUUUAAGGCUAGUCAGGUGUCGGACGACUUCUUUUUCUUCUCUUACGAUUCCCGAGACAUAAGUUUGCACAAGGCCACUCAAGUCUUCACCCUAAACGAAGCGGUGUAUGGGGAAGUUCGCCAAAUAGUCAUGAACAAGUUGGGCAGACACGCCCAUAAAUUUAUCGAUGAUCUGCAAUUGUAAACUGAUUAAAAUUCAUAAAUUUAGCUGCGAACAGCUGGACAUUGCUUUCAACUGAUUGUAGUCGGUCAGGCUUAACGAUAUUAUGUUGUUUUGCUUCGUUUUUGUUCGUUUUAAUAGUAUGUGGAGGCAACGGAUUUUCUUUUAAGUGAAAUCAAUUAUUAAGCUUUUCUGUUAUUUUUCUUCAAAUUUAAGUUGCACUUUAUUAGCGAUAUAAUCAGUAAUUGUAACUUACUUCAGUUUGUAAUUGAUCUACGUAACCACUGCGAAAACUGCCCCUAUACCAUGCAAUUACUGGGGGAAGCAUUUUCAAUAAAAUGGUGUGUAUUUAGACAUUCAGAAAGUAGCUUGGUCUAAAAAUUGUUUAACUUUUCUUGAUUACAGUUUAAUGAACUUGCUUUCCAUUGUUCUUUUAAAGAGUUCCUCUCUCAUCUCCUUUUCACAUGCUAUACCUUCAAGACAAGCUGAAGUCAUGGACAGAUAUUGUUAGCAUUCGUGGUCUGCCUGUUGCAAACCCCAUUUAAUGAACAUCGGUUCCCUCAGUUCCCUCAGACAAAAGGGGCGACCCUGCACCGGUUUUUCAAGUAUCUAAAUUUCCUCCAAUUAGUUGUCAGUCGCGGGUGGUUUACUUCGCUGAGUUCUGCAAGGACAGAUGUCAUUCAUGCCCUCGCACCACGCAUGAUCUCUUUCCUACGGACUGACGGGCUUCUUUGAGAAGGAAAAGAGUGCAUGUAAACUCACAAGAGUACAAAAGAUUAGUUUUGAAUUAAAUUGGCGCUAUUUACAUAUGCAGGACGUCUUCGAGACAGAAGCUUCCGCGAAAGCUUUUGUUAUUGGCGUAAAGCCCAAAAUAGCACGUAAGCUGCUCUAUUUGAGUCAUGGAACCUGACCAAUGACUAAGUUUCAUCACCAUAUAUGUGUCUUGCUCGUGCCGCUUAUUAUCGAUCGAUUCUCGGUGUUAUUUCCCGGUUGGAGCCGUUGAGUAGAACACGACAUGUACACUAUUUGGUUACUUCCCUUUCAUUGCCUCCAAAAUGGAUCUGACUAACAUUAUAAAAACCAUGGAAAUUGAAGAUUAUUCAACACUCCCACCGCCGGUUCCAGGAAUAGGUCCCGUCGUGGCUUUGGAAGCCGGUUUUGUCGAUGCAGGUAGUGUUGUUUGCUUCAGUUCCGAGCACGUGAUCAACGUACAACAGAAGAAGGACGUACUCAAUUCAACCUUGCUUUCUCAGUUGGCGGCAAACAAGGGGUACAACCGCUUCACUGACCCCAGCGAUUGGUGCGCAUAUUAUAGGAAAGUAGCGUCCCAAAUCGGGUGGGUUACGCAAAGUUUCAAACCGUUUGAAAGAUACGUUUCCUUUCCCAGUAAGUUUAAGAUCUCGGAUGUUGUCAUCGACAUCUUCAGCGAGGUCUUAAAAAUUGACGAAGAUGAGAAGAAGGCUCUUAAAGACACCAUCAAGAGUAUAGAGAAAUCGAAAAGUGCCUUAGCCCUUUUUGAAUCCAACAGCAUUAAGGGCAACCGUGGUAACUUCCAGAUAUUGACAUGCACAGUUGACAAGAACCAGCAAGUUAGCGUUCUCCUCCUUGGUUGCUAUUUCCAGUCCACAGAAAUAAAAGACAACUAUUUCUUUACGGAGAGAAAAAAGGAGGACAUCGCAUUG